GGCCUCCGUUUCUUUUGUGGUUGUCUCAGGGGAAGGUAAUUUCUUGCGAUUGAUAUAUGAAACUGGUGGUGGGUCUUUUGUCUUUCUAUUGUCUUAUAGGGUUCGUUACUGUCAGUUGGGUCAGUUCAUAUGUAAGUCUUUUAGAUUUUAUUUGUUCUUUUGGGUAUUUAUCACCCGGAGGGUUAUUUAGGGGGUUUGGGUUGUGGAACUAUUGAUCAGUAUGAGAUUUCUCAGGUCUUUUACGGUAUGAAUUGGGUGAAUUUUGUGGAAUUCUCACAUGGGUUUUCGGAAACGUUGAUGGGUUUCUUAUUCUGCUAACGGAAAUUUGGAGUUUUGAAAUUUUAAGAGGGACUUGGGGUUUUGGGCGUAAACUCUGUGAAUCAUAAUACAUUUUGUCAGCUCAUCUCGUAGUAUUUCAAUUUUCAUAUGCUUUCUUUAGUUAAAUUUCUUUACUUUUGACCUCUUGAUAUGUGUCAUCUUCUCUCCACCAGUUGUUGGAUUGGUUUGGUUUAUUUGGCGGUUAUGCAUUUUUGUUAUAUUUUCAUGGCGGCUCAGUCCAUCUUUUGGUUUUUAUUAUUCCUGAUGAUAGAAUUCUGAUAUUUUUAUCACUUAACUGUUGUAUGAUGUAAAAGAUUUGGCUUACAACAAGUUUUUUCAAUACCGGUUUUGAUUUCUUCUUGUUGGUGGUUGGCUAAAGAAUUGUGAGCAGGGUGAAACAGUAUGAGGAGUGAGAAUCAGAUCAAAAAACGGAGGAAGGGUCGGAGGUUGGGGAAGAUAAUGAAGUGUCUCUUCCCGGGAGAACAACCAAGAGUGGAUGAAAUGGUAUCUUCAUCUGAAUCUCUUGCAACCAAGGACUAUUCGGCAAGUGUGCAUUCUUCUCGAGCUGGUGAGAUUGAACAGAAGCUAGACACUGGCAAUAUUGAAGAAGCGGAAUCAUCUUUGCGUGAGAGUGGUGGUUUGAAUUAUGAGGAAGCAAGGGCUUUGUUAGGAAGAUAUGAGUUUCAAAAGGGAAACAUAGAAGCUGCUCUACAUGUGUUCGAAGGGAUAGACAUUGCAGCAGUGACUCCAAAGAUGAAAGUUGCCCUUGCUAGAAAAGGGGAACCUCCUCAGAGACGCUCUCAAAGCUAUGUGACCUCACCAAUGUCUAUCCAUGCUGUUAGUUUACUUCUGGAAGCGAUUUUUUUAAAAUCAAAAUCAUUGCAAGGUCUUGGGAGGUAUAAAGAAGCUGCUCAAUCAUGUACAGUUAUUCUGGACAUUGUUGAAUCUUCAUUACCAGCAGGCUUGCCUGAAAACUUUGGUGCUGACUGUAAAUUGCAGGAGACCUUAAACAAGGCUGUUGAGCUGCUUCCAGAAUUAUGGAAACUUGCUGAUUCUCCCAAUGGGGCUAUCUUGUCAUACAGGAGGGGCCUUCUGCAUCAUUGGAAUCUUCAGUCUGACACUACAGCAAAGAUUCAGAAAGAGUUCUCUAUUUUUCUUCUCUAUAGUGGUGGAGGUGAAGCAAGCCCCCCAAACCUGCGGUCCCAAAUGGACAGUUCUUUUGUACCCAGAAACAAUAUAGAAGAGGCCAUUCUUUUGCUAAUGAUACUAUUAAGAAAAGUUACUCUCAAAAGAAUCGAGUGGGACCCAUCAAUAUUGGAUCACCUUACAUAUGCUUUAUCUAUCUCAGGGGGCCUGGGGGCUUUAGCUAAUCAAUUGGAAGAAUUGCUUCCUGGGAUUAUUGAUCGACGAGAAAGGUAUCACACACUAGCUCUCUGCUAUUAUGAAGAAGGUGACAACUUUUCCGCGUUGAAUUUGCUGAGGAAACUGUUGAAUAGUAACGCGGACCCAAAUCAUGUUGCUGCUUUAUUAUUGGCUUCAAAGAUCUGUGGGGAAAGCUCGAAUUAUUCAGAAGAAGGGAUAAGCUUUGCUCGCAGAGCCCUUGAAAACUUGCCAGAUGUAUGUGAUCAGAUGGUAGGUGUUGCCAACUGUUUAUUGGGUAUCUCAGUUUCAGCACGUUCUAGAUCAGUUGGAACAGACUCUGAAAGGGUUAAGAGACAAUCUGAGGCACUUCAAUCCCUGGAAACAGCUGGGAGAAUGACGGGACUGAGUGAUGAAAAUAUAGUUUACCAUCUCAGUUUAGAAAAUGCUGAGCAGAGAAAGUUGGAUGCCGCGCUUUAUUAUGCAAAAUGUUUGCUUAAAUUGGAAGGUGGGUCUAACCUUAGAGGGUGGAUACUGUUGGCUCGAAUAUUAUCAGCUCAGAAACGAUUUAUAGAUGCUGAAACUAUCAUCAAUGUUGCUCUAGAUCAGACAGGGAAAUGGGAGCAGGGACAGUUAUUACGAACCAAAGCUAAACUGCAAAUUGCACAGGAUCAGACUGGGAAAUGGGAGCAGGGACAGUUAUUACGAACCAAAGCUAAACUGCAAAUUGCACAGGGUCACUUGAAGAACGCUAUCGAAAGUUACACUCAACUACUUGCUGUUCUUCAACUUCAGAGAAAAAGCUUUGGAUAUGGGAAGAAACUUCUUAAGGAUGGUGGCAAUCAUAAUAAAAGUUUGGAAUUAGAAACGUGGCAUGAUCUAGCUUUUGUCUACAUAAGCUUGUCACAGUGGCACGAUGCUGAGAUCUGUCUCUCCAAAUCCAAGGCCUUCAGUGGUGGUUCUGCUUCCAGAUGGCACACUGCCGGUUUGCUUAAUGAAGCAAAGGGCCUCUACAAAGAAGCUCUAACAGCUUUUGUGCGGGCUUUAGAUUUUGAUCCCGCCCACGUCCCAAGUCUCGUUUCCAUGGCUGUUGUUCUGAGACGGCUAGGUGGUCAGACAUCGGCGGUUGUUCAAAAUUGUCUGACGGAAGCUUUGCGGCUUGACACAAUGAAUUCAUCUGCAUGGUAUAAUCUUGGACUGCUCUACAAAGACGAGGGCGGUGCAUCAGUGCGUGAAGCUGCCGACUGUUUUGAGGCUGCUACACUCCUUGAAGAGACUGCACCAAUCGAGCCUUUCAGAUGACUAGAUGUUUGUGAAUCCUUUUGUAUUUGUAAGCCAUUUAAAUGCUUCAUCUUCCAUGUAUGUAUUUUCCACAUGGUGUAGUUUGAGGGACAAAGCAAUAAAAACAAGAGGUCUGUCUGUGUUCGUUUCCUUAUUUGGAAGUUCAGAACAAGCGGCUGGUAUACCACCAUAAUGAAACUAGUGUUUUUUUUGUUGGCUGUUUUUGGGGCCUUGUGUAGUUUGUUACGACGUUGGAAUCAAAAGUGUCAAAAGAGGAGAACGACAUUUUCUGG